AACGUUGAAAAAGUGUUGGAGCGUGAUCAGAAACUGUCAGAGCUGGAUGAUCGAGCUGAUGCCCUGCAGCAAGGAGCUUCGCAAUUUGAACAGUCCGCUGGAAAGCUGAAGAAUAAAUUUUGGCUUCAAAAUAUGAAGAUGAUGAUUAUGAUGGGAGUAGUUGGACUCAUCUUCGUCCUGAUUCUCGGCUGUAAGCUGGUUGAGCGAUACUUGAUGGAUGGCUUCCAGCCGCAACAACUUUCAACUUACGCCUUGACGUUAUAUCGCCACAGAACUGUUGUGGAUGGAGAAAAAGUUCUGAUUGAUUUUUGGGAUACGGCUGGACAGGAAAUAUUUCAGUCGAUGCACGCGUCGUACUAUUACCAGGCGCAUGCGUGUAUCCUUGUGUUUGAUGCAACGAGGAAAGUGACUUAUAAAAAUUUGACCAACUGGUACCAGGAAAUGCGACAAUACCGUCCUGAAAUACCGUGCGUUUGUGCGGUGAACAAAAUCGACACAAACAUGGAAGUAACGGAAAAAACGUUCAACUUCACCGAAAAGCACAAGGUUCCCAUGUACUACGUUUCUGCGUCGAAUGGAACAAAUGUUGUGAAGUUGUUUACAGACGCGAUCUCGAUGGCAAUGAAGUACAAGAAGAAUCCGACGGACUUCACUGAUCUUGUUCUGGACGAAUUGGAACGUGACGAGAAUUAGGCCGUCUAGAAAUUUAUCUGAUGAAAUUAUCCGUCCAUGUAUCUCGUGUGUGUUCCAAAGUGCACUGAUAAUUAGCCAAAAUAAAAUCACUUUUUGACAAUUA